UGCAGGCUGCAGUUUAUAAAUGAAUCUUAGAUACAAAAAUUGGUUUGAAAAUCAACUAAUAAUACUAAUCUUUUAUCGUAAACAUGUAUAGUAUUGAAGAGAACAGGAAUUACUUUUUUUAUUCGUGGUUUAAAUAAUCACAACAAAGUUUUCGUCAUUUUGUUAAAUUCCUUACAAGAAAAUAGGAAUAAUCCUAAUUGUAAUACUCCAGAGCGGUCUCAAGUAACCUUCUUUUUGAGUGUGUUAUAUGUGACGAAUAUAGUUAAAUAAUGCAAGUAUAUAAAUAUGAGAUACAAUAAGCAUGAAUUAGCUGCUUUGGCCUCCCAAACUUCUCAAAAUUUUGAACGUGAAGGAGUACUAGUAUUAAAGGAAAAGCAGGAUGGAUUUUUUCGAAGAUCUGAUGGUACCUCCAUUCGAUGGUUCCGUCUUAGUGGUAAUCUACUGUUUUAUUUGAAGGGCCCCGAGCCUUGGUAUGAACCCAUGGGAGUUAUAGUGCUGGGGAACCAUAAAAUCAAGGAACAAAAUCAAGAUGAUAAUGGACAUUGGCCAUUUCAAAUUGUUUGGGAUAAUGGCUUAUGGUAUAGAAUAGCUGCCUUCAAUGAAUCAGAACGUACACACUGGAUGAAAGCUAUACAAAAUGCACCAUAUCACGUUAUACAUUCUCAGUUUAAUGAAUUGAAGGAAAGACUGAAUAAAAUCAGGCCCAUUGUGGAUAUUACAACUCACAGAAUACAGAAGGGAAUUGUAGCUGAUAUGACUGAAAUUCCUCUAUGCGAACUUUCACUCUCAUGUGAUAAUCUUUUAUGCGAUGCUUACGGAAAACCACCUUCUCCAUUGAUUGUUGUUUAUGUAAGAUAUUCUAAAGAGGUGUGCAUCAAGUAUGGUACAACAGAAGUUGUUGAGAGUUGCAGUAAUCCUUUCUUUUCAAAAACAAUACUUUUUCGUGCAAGCGAUGGUUUGACAGGCGAUGUAAUGAUCAGAAUUGUCGCCUACAAUGUAAAGGAACGAGUUACUGAAACCGCUGUUCCCAUGGGUUUCACCUCAUUACAACUGAGUACUAUACAGGAAGCCCAAAGACUUAGAGUGGCCUUAAUGACUCGUGAAAAUAAAACAGUUGGUUUUGUAACCAUUCACGGCUGGAGUCUAGAACCUUCUUAUAUUGGUACAAGCCCCAGUCAUUCAAAUGAAAAGAAUUGCAUUGAUAUACCACAAAAAGUUAUGUGCCAUCGUCGUUCUCAAUCUUUACCUCCGAGAUUGGGUCUGAAGUUAAAGUUUCCUUCCUACAGUAAUUUAUUGAAGCGCAACUUUGUGAAUAGCCAUCAAGUGACUUAUAGAUUUCAUUCAGGUCUGGGUGGUGAUAUCACUGUACAUGAAAUCAUGGCGGAACCAAAACUUUGUUAUCAAGUGCCCGUGCAAUUGUUAGAUAUUUAUAUUCAAAGAGAAAAGGAGCUUUUAGAAGAGAUUUUGUCUGUUGGAACUAUAAGUGGACAGUGGCAGACUCGGCAGCUAGAUUUGGCUAGCACACAUGUGUCCUUGUUGAAACACUACUGUCAUUCUAAACGAUGUCUUCAAAUUGCAGAGAAUCCCUAUUUUAAACGAAGUUCUAAAAAAGAUGAUUCCAGCUUAGAAUUUGCAGCUGUAAAUUUACAUUUGCAACGAAUGUGGGUACACAAUGAUACGUUGAACAGGACCGGUUUCCACGACGUGAUAACGGCUGGCGCUUUCGCCGCGCAUACCCAUAAGGCUGAGAGAACCGGAGGUCUGAUUAGGUUAGUGCAGCAAGUGAAAGAUAUAAACAGUUCAAAGGCGGCGAUGAAUUUGGCAACCGCAAAUAAAAUACAAGUGGAAUAUGACAAUGUUGUUGCACUGAGGCGACUUUGUGAAGAAGCAAGUCACGAUAUGGACAGGGUAUUAGUUCUUCUGCAAGCUAAACAGAAGGUAGAAAUAGUUACGGUCAUUGAAGUUAUAAAGAGUAAGAUAAAAAGCAUUCUUGCUUUAUGGGAACCAUGUGUAGUUGAAGAGAUGUUAGCCAGCAUUGGUUGGUCUAAGAAUAGUUGCACUGAUAUAUCUGAAGACCAGACAUUGUCAACAAUUUUACGUCUCACAGAACAACUUAGUAUAUUCGAUGCGACCGGUUCAGAUUGUGAUACUUACGAUGCUUCCUCAAGUUCUAGUUCCAAAGAUACUUCGCCUACUGGCGAUGCUCCUUCUCUAUCUGCCACGAAUGUAUGUCCUGGCCCUUCUAAAUUUUGCAAAGAUUCAAUCAAAGAUAUUAUAGAAGGAGCUGAAUUGAAUUUCCAUAAUGAUUACUUCGACAGUGAAGGAUGUGCUAAUUUGAAUUCAAUAAAUAUUCCUUUAUCUAGUAAGUUAAAUUCUAUAGAGACGCAAACCUCAACCUCUUUCGAACAAGUCUCUUAUAGAAGUCUGGUGGAUAGCUUGAGUCGAAAUAAGAAUACUGAGGUAAAAUCCAAAAGUGUUACGUUGCCAACAAUAGGUCUUUUGGAUUCAACCGCAAGAGAAAAUAAUCUAUUGUCCCUGAAAAGUUUCGGCAGUAAUAUAGAGACCUCGUUUGCUGCAUUUGUAGAAGCUACAUUGAAGACUUUGGAAAAUAGCACAGAUAUAUCAGAAGAACAGUUGGAUAGUUUGCGUUCGUUAGUGGAGCAGAUCAAAAGAGAAGCGGAGACAUUGUUGCGUUGGGCACGCGUAUCACACGCGGCUAUGCGGAUACGAUGCGAAUCACCGACGUGGACCAAGGAACAUGCCGCCUUACAAACACGACGCGAUACAUGCUUCUCACAGGCUCUGGCCACAGUUACUACAGGUCUGAUAUGUUGGUUCAAUUCUAUGCCUGCGGAAGUAAUUGUGAAACUGUUGAGUUCAGAUCUAGGCCCUCUGUGUGGUUUUGAGGCUUUGCUUAGCCUGUACUCUACAGAAAAGGCUAUGUGGGGUGAUAUGGUGGUUGCCGUUGAGGAUUUACAAACUGUGCUUUUUACACUCACUAAAGUUGGACACAGUGCAAGUGCCAUACCUCAAGUAAGUGGGUCAAGAAGUGCGCUCUCUGUGUCUAUUCCUAUUUCGGAUUCACUCUAUUCAAAAUUUACAUGUAAACAGCAUCUCAACUUCACAAUCACCGCAGUGUUCUUCAACAUAGGUAUAAAUGAGAAAGCCACUUUAGCUGAAGCUUUAGGAGAGACCACACCACAAUAUCAGUCAAAUUGUGACAAUCUGGAAAGAUUAAACAAGUACUAUUAUAAAUAUAAUAAAGUGUUUCCAGCAGAUGUAUUAGCAGCAAGCAGAGCAUCUUCAAGAACGAAACCUUUGGAGGAGGUUAUGGAAAAUUUGAAAAUAUCUGUACAUAAGAAAAUUCCGAAGAAUAUUGAAGUGUUACAUUUGUCUUCGUUAGCCACAAGACUUAUGAAUGGUGUUAGGUUUACGUCGUGUAAAAGUGCCAAAGACAGAACAGGGAUGUCGGUGACGUUAGAACAGUGCUCUAUUUUAGCUUCAGAGUAUCAUUUGGCAGAACAUGAAAUGAAGAAAGCAUUAAAUAUCAUGAGAAGUGAAGGUUGUCGCAGAGAGAAUACGUUUAAGAACAUCGGUGUGAGAAAAUAUGCGUUUACGAAAAAGCAAAUGAUGGCAUUACCUGAAGAAUAUCGACCACCUCCCGGCACAUAUGGAUCUACACAAACUUAGACUAUAAAAUCAGUUUGUAUUUUUU